AGGGCGGCCGGCGAACCUUUGAACGCGCGGCGGGCGGCUGCGAGGACCGGGCUGGGUCGGGCCGGGCCGGGCCGGGCCGAGGUGGGUGCUGGAGCGGGGCCGGGCCGGCGUCUGGGUUUCACAGGCCGGGUCGGGGCCGGUACCUGCGCUCCUUGGCAGCGGCGGCGGCGUCCGGGCCAUGGCGGAGGAGGCGCGCGUGUCGCGCUGGUACUUCGGUGGGCUGGCGUCAUGCGGGGCCGCCUGCUGCACGCACCCGCUGGACCUGCUCAAGGUGCACCUGCAGACGCAGCAGGAGGUGAAGCUGCGCAUGACGGGCAUGGCGCUGCAGGUGGUGCGCUCUGACGGCAUCCUGGCGCUCUACAACGGACUGAGCGCCUCCCUCUGCAGACAGAUGACCUACUCCCUGACUCGGUUUGCCAUCUACGAGACCGUGCGGGACCAGGUGACCAAGGGCAGUGAAGGCCCCUUGCCCUUCUACAAGAAGGUCUUGCUGGGCUCCAUCAGCGGUUGCAUCGGCGGCUUUGUGGGGACCCCUGCGGACAUGGUCAACGUCAGGAUGCAGAAUGACAUGAAGCUGCCCCAGAAUCAGCGCCGAAACUAUGCCCACGCCCUGGACGGCCUGUACCGUGUGGCCCGAGAAGAGGGUCUGAAAAAGCUGUUCUCAGGCGCAACCAUGGCGUCCAGUCGAGGGAUGUUGGUCACCGUGGGCCAGCUGUCCUGCUAUGACCAAGCCAAGCAGCUGGUCCUCAGCACGGGCUACUUGUCCGACAGCAUCUUCACUCACUUUAUCGCCAGCUUCAUUGCGGGUGGAUGUGCCACAUUCCUGUGCCAGCCCCUGGAUGUGCUGAAGNUAGGGCGGGGGGGGGGGUGUCCCUCUAGGGUUGUCUUCAUGUUCCCCUCCUUUGUCCCGCAGGGCCUCGUGCCUGCUGGUAUCCGCCUCAUGCCCCACACCGUGCUCACGUUUGUGUUUCUGGAACAGCUUCGCAAGCACUUUGGCAUCAAAGUGCCAUCCUGAUGUGGUGGUGGGAGCAGCUGGGUCACACCCAGCCCCCUGCACCAGUUUAUUCCAGAGUCCCAGAGGGUUGGCAGCUGAGCACUGCGCUGAGCCCAGCACCUGCCCACCAUGCUCCAGCUGCCCCCUCUGGCCCAGGACCCCCACCCUGGCCUGCCUGGCCAGCCCGGUGACCAUUGUCCCCUCCUGAGCUGCUGGCUUCACCUCCAUCUCCUGCUGUCGCCGCUGACUCUCCCUACUUGGUGUCCAGCGGCGCCCUGUGCACAAUAGUGACUCCCUUGGAGGGCCUGGGCCCCAGGUUGGGUAUUCUCUCCCCAGGUAGGCAGUUAAUCUUGGAGCUGGGAGGGGUGGGGUGUCCAAGCUUUUAGGGUCUGGGGUCUCCAGCCCCUGAAGUCUCUUCCUUUCACGAAGCCCAGGACCCCCAGCAGCUCCCACUGAGGAGCCGGGUAGCGGAAUAGGGGUGUGAACCCCCAGCACCACUCAUCGAAUGGCGUGUGCACAUGCACUUUCAUCCCAGGAGAGGGACCAUAGCUUUCGUGAUGUUCCUUAAGGUAGCUGCGCCCCACAGCUGCCAGGUCAGAGCAGAAUGAGUACCCAGGAGGAAGGGCCUGCGUGUGACCCUUAGGCACCCUACCUACCCUUCCUGGUCCAGCCCACCCCCCACUGGCUUUAACAAGUGAAAGUGAAAGUUGCUUAGUCAUGUCCAACUCUUUGUGACCCCGUGGACUCUCCAGUCCAUGGAAUUCUCCAGGCCAGAAUAUUGGAGUGGGUAACCCGUUCCCUUCGCCAGGGGAUCUUCCCAACCCAGGGAUCGAACCCAGGUCUCCCAUAUUGCAGGCGGAUUCUUUACCAGCUGAGCCACCAGGGAAGCCCUGCUUUAACAAUUAAUUUCACCAAAAGCUUUCAGCGCCAGAAGGUGGCUGCUGUCUUCGGGGAGUAUUCUGUGACCCCUCCUGGCUCCCUGAGCAGGAGUGGCACGUUCCACGGGGGCUGAUUGCACAGUGGUCACCUGCAAGGUCUCCAGUAGCUGGUCAGCCAAAAUACCCAAAGCAGCCUGCAAAUGAGGCUGGGGGCUGCAUCUGUCGGCCUCCCCCAGUCAGGUGGUCACUGUGCCACUACCCCCUGCCCCCAGCAAGUGACCAGCAGUCCCACAUUGCCCUGCAGGGAUGUUAAUAAAGGAUGGUGAAGUGCUGAG